GAUGUUGCACCAGAUAUUGACAGCAUCGUUGACAGUGGCAGUAGACUCACGACUGUUGAUCGGGAUGAGUGGCUAAAGUGGACUGGUGCUCCGGAUGGUCGCGGAUCUCGAAUUGCUCUGCUAUUGCGACUUCCUGAUGGCAGCCGUCAGUUUUUGGAGAUGGAAGAUACAACAACACUUAAGGCUGUUUUCAUCUUCGUGGCCAGUCUUGGAUUUUAUCCAUCGGACCAUCAGCUGGUACUGGACUAUCCGAAACGUGUUUACACGGAUGCGGACCACUAUCGUACACUUCGCGAACUUGAAUUCAGCAAGAGAGAGCUGGUUCAUUUGGAACGAAAAUGAUUUACUAACAUUCCAAUCCGCAGUAUUUGUUCUGAUUGAUCAGCUGUGGGAAAAUUUUUUACACGGAAAUAGGGUGAAAUUGUUUUAA